AACGCUGCUUUACUGCUGCUGCUGGUGUGUUAACCACACAUUCCACCACUGUUCUUGACAGUAGCGAGCGCAGUGAAAAAAUAUCUCUCAUUCACAUUGGAAAGUAAAACUUGCCAUGUCCGAAAGAAAAAAAAGAUUACUGCUAAAAUUUUCGAUCCGCUGUUGAAUUAGGCACGGUUUGGUGUUGUUCUUUGCGAUGCUUUCUGCAAUUACAUUGGAGUAGCAUUUAGAAGAUCAUGUUGAUUGGUGUAUGAUAGUCGAAAGUUUCCAACCACAGGAAGUAAAGCAAUUUGGGCGACAAAAAAAUGUCAGUGGAUUUGCAGAAAAAUCGAGACUCCAUCCUCGGGGCAUGGAAGCUGGUGGUGGAUACAAAGAGCCCCACAAAUUGGGCCCUGUUUACCUACGAGGGCCAGACCAAUGUGCUGAAACUACAGGAAACCGGUGAAGAUGGAAUAACGGAAUUGGCAGCCGAAUUUAAUUCGGGCAAAAUACAGUACGGGUUUGUACGGAUAGAUAACCAGGAAACCGGAAUUGCAAAGUUCGUGUUCAUCAAUUGGCAGGGUGAAGGAGCGCCGACUGCUCGCAAAGGAACCUGCGCCAAGCACGUACGAGAUGUGACCAAUCUGCUGAAAGGAGCCCACAUUACGGUGCAUGCCACAAACGAAGACGACGUCGAGGAGGCCCGGAUUCUCGAAAAGUUGCAAAAGGUGGUCGUUAACGAUUUCAAGGUUAAAGAUUACUCACAGGCUAACGAUGCUCCCAAACCAGUGGGUACUAACUACAACCGAGUGAUCCCUACGAAAGAAAUAAAUGCCACGGAGCGAGAUGAAUUCUGGCGAAAGGAAGAGGAGGAAGAAAAGAACCGUCUUCAGCUCGAGUACGAACGGAAGUUGAACGAAACGGUCCAGCUGGAGGAGGAACGUCGACGAAGAGAAGAGCGAGAGUUCGAGAAGCGUGAGGCGAACGCUGAAGUUCCUGCUAGUCCCGUCAAGGUCGAGCGUGAUCGAGAGAUCAAACAGGUUGUGGAAGCCAGUGGAAAAGUAAGCUCGGCUAAGGCUCGCUUUUUGAAUAGCACUGCUCAACUUAGUCCAACUCACAUUCAGCAGCAAGUUGUUCCGGAGUUGAUCAUGUCUCCCGUCUCAUCCAACGAGGAAGAAAGCCUCAUCAAUGAGCUGAAAGCAGGAUUGGAAGCCGAGCAACAAAAUGGACAAAACAACGGUGCUGAACCAGCGACUGAAGAAAAUGCUGCUGCCGCACAAGAAUUUUUCGACCCCAAUGCAACGAUCGAUCUUUCCGACGAAGAAAAUAUGAUCCGAGCUAGGGCUCUGUACGACUACCAAGCGGCUGACGAUUCGGAGAUUAGCUUCGAUCCCGGAGACAUUAUUACGCACAUUGACCAGAUCGACGAAGGCUGGUGGCAAGGCCUGGCCCCGGAUGGUACUUACGGACUGUUCCCAGCCAAUUACGUUGAGCUGCUCUAAAUCUGAAAUGCAAUUCGAAUCGAAAAUCAUCACACAUCACACGGUUUACGUCACAUUUUUAAACGUCGUUGUGGAUAAAUCCUUAGUUGUAAAAUUUUAUCACUGACACUGGACGUCGUCAAUCGUCGUUGUGUAUUAUUAUUCAGAUAAUGUGUAACUAUAAUUAUAUAUUCUAGCUAUAUAUAAAUAAUAACUUGACGCAUAGGCCUCUCCGUUAAACAUCACGCAGCGGUGAAUUCAAUUCACGGUGAUAUGAAAUGCAAUUUAAACAGCCGUUAAAACCUGUUAUCAUUAUUAAGACCUAACGUAUUCUUGAUUUGUUUACUCGUGUAGCUAUAUCCCAUUUUCCAUUAAAGUACAUUAAAGUUUCAAGCGCAUUGUUAUUAGGUUUAGGAUGAAAUAUUUGGAGUUCCAAUAAUUAUCUGGCUGAACAAACAAAAAAGUAACGAAGAACGAAAAAAACACGACCGAUCACAAAUUUAACAAUUCCAAAAAUUAAGUGACCCUUUCAUCAGAAACUAGUGUAGCUAAUAAAAUGGAAAAUAAUAUAAA